AUGUCAAAACAAAUAGCCAAGACAUAUGUCCUCAAUGGGCUUACUGCCAACGACGUCGCAAAAGGAAUUAUAUCUGGUGGUCACCAGACAGAAGCCUUCUUCAUCCAAGAUUUGGAUGAUGCCUAUCGAAGAAUCGAAUAUUUCAAACGAAAAAUGCCUCGCGUUCAAAUAUUUUACGCAAUUAAAUCAAAUGAUAACGUUCCAUUGCUGAAGUUAGUGGCAGCACUCGGUUUGGGAUUUGACUGUGCUACACCGGGUGAGAUAUACAAAGUCUUGAAGCUUCAAGUGGAUCCACGAAGUAUCAUAUUUGCAUCACCACUGAAACCUCCCCAAUGGAUGACGUACGCCAAAAAAUCUGGACUUCUCUAUUCUACCUUCGAUUCAUCAUUCGAACUGAAGAAAAUAAAACAAUAUUGGCCUGACGCAAGGCUUCUAAUCAGAAUAAAAGUGGAUAGUAAUAGCGUGUAUCGUUUAGGCGACAAAUUCGGAUGCGAUUAUGAAACGGAGGCAAUAGAUCUUUUGGAUGAAGCCGCUAGCCUGGGAAUUAAGGUGAUUGGUGUCGCCUUCCACGUAGGCAGUGUCUGUUUCUCAUUCGAUAGUUACGUAAAUGGCUUACGCAUGGCCAAAGCACUGUUUGACUUUGAAGCAAAAAGUGGCAGACAUAUGAGCGUAGUCGAUAUAGGUGGUGGAUUCCUUAGUGAAAAGAACACGGACAUAGAUGAGGUGUCGAGUCUAAUUAAUAUUGCAUUAGAGGAACAUUUCCCGGAUAAGACCGUUCAAAUAAUUGCUGAGCCAGGAAGGUAUAUUAGUGACUCAUCGAUGGUAUUGUACACCAGUAUUAACGCAGUUAGAUGGGUUGAAAAGAAUGGUGAAAAAAUUAACAUAUUGUACAUAAGCGAUGGGAAAUAUGGUUCACUGCAAUAUACUGAGAAAUGGCAGACGGUCAGCAAAUUAGAAAGGAACACAGAUGAAAAUCAUGAAGACCUGUACGAAACCAUCAUAUGGGGUAAUAGCUUAGACUCAGCAGAUCGUGUCUUGCCAGAUAUCAAGGUCUAUCUACCCCAAUGCACGCCCCAGGACUGGCUGGUUUUCCCCAUACGAGGGGCCUAUUCUUAUGUCUUCGGUUCGAUGUUCGCCAGUGUUCAACUACCCCAGAUUAGGCCAGUUAUAUCUAUGGAACUGUGGAAAAAAAUUAGAGGCAGUGAUGUCUUCGAUCCAGAGGAUAUCAUCGAAAAUCCAGACAUUACAGAACCGAUGCCCUCUAACCUCCCUAAAGUAAUCAAUAUACAGAUUCAUUUAAAAUCAAAUGUGCUAAUAAAUGCCUAA